CUAGAAUGGGCGGUGUUUAGCGGUCUGGCAUCACGGCGGCUCAGCAUUUGUAAGACCAUGGAAUGUGGAAAAUAAUAUUGACGAUUGUUUAGAAGCACUAGCCUCAGAAGAUCAUUUCGUUUAAUGCACUUAGCUAAUAAGCUAAGCAUACGACUCCCCGAGAUUGCUGUCAUUGCAACGCUGUGCGAGACUUGAAUAAAAAUAUUAUUGUGUUAAAUGUGUUGACACGCUCCUAGAUCAUGAUACUUUCCACUCAUAUUCAUCCUUCUAUAGAAGCACCACAACGCUCUCUGGGGAAAAUCAGGAGACAUAUCGACAAGCACAGCAAGACCAACUCGGAGGAAAUUUUACCUCUUCUACCCCACGACACCAACACGCUGGCAGCGCUCACUCCGGAACCCACCGCUCUUGUUGUACAGUGGCUCUACAAGCAACAACCUCAAGACUCCUCGCUAGCUUUACUCCCAAGCCAUCAACCCGCCAAAGUGAUGUGCGUAUCCGCUACGCACAACGAGACGCGCGAGGUCUUGAAGGCGAUAUCAUAUCCUGCUUCACGCCGGCGAUCCUACGCAGAUGCGCACCCCCGAGGAAUUCAAUUGCACAGGCACCUCGACGAGAUAAGGAGUCCACCUCCGGCGCACAAGAUCGCGAUUUCAGCAACCCACGCAUUGCCCCUGGAUCCCGACCGUACCAAAAGUCCCGUGCCGAACCAUCUUCUGAGCGGGAAGCCCACCGCACAUCGGAUCUCGAUUGGGGAGACGUCAUUGCUGGACCGCACGCACAUGCGCUGCGCUGCGCAUAUGUAAUCACAUAGUCUGCAUCUGCAGUGCACCCAUAACCCCCAUAUCCGGGAACGGGACCUAGGCCUUCCGGUAUCCUGGCGAGCGCACUUUUUGCGCAAGCGCUAUCUAUCCUCCAAGUGACAGAUAUCGUUCUGGCCACGGCAUCUCAAUCGUGAGCUCUGGUGUUUGAAGCCGCGGCUAGCGGUACACGGCCAUGUUCAUCCGCCCGGGCCGUGGACAUGAGAGUUCCUGCUAGGACGCCCGGUGCGGGAAAUAUAUGGCGCGGGUUUUCCAGGCGCGGCACGGGAGUGGUGAUGGAGCGUCGGGUUCUUC